AUGCCAGAUCCAGCAGUGAUCAGUGGUUUCACAUGCAGAACAAGCCACUCCUCCCAGUGCAUGAGCGUGUUGGAAGAUGGAGGUGAAGUGCUUUGCUUUCCAACAAACGCGAGGCUGAGAUCGAGCCGAUGUGGAGAUCGACAUGGCGCAGUUAAAGUCGGAGCUCUCAUCGCCAAAGUCGAAAACUUCGCUUCUGUUCCUCGUUUGACAGCAAUAGGAAUGGUCACAUCUUCCGACGAUAGUAACGGCAGAUAUAGACCCGUGCGACUUAGCGCAUCCGUCGAAAAUACCGGCUAUAGUGGGGUGGCGCACAGAAACACGACGGGGACCCGCUAG